UUUAUAAUAAACGCGUGUUGACUUUUUGGUCAGACACAGUCAGAUUCAAAUUCACUUUCUGCUCCAUCUCCAUUUGUGCCGGUUGUGUGUCUUAUUCAAACAUCCUAAAUCAUAAUGAAGCCACAAUACAAAGUUGCUGAUAUCGGCCUUGCUGAGUGGGGACGAAAAGCCAUCAUCAUUGCCGAGAACGAGAUGCCUGGCCUGAUGUCUAUUCGCAAGAAGUAUGGCCCACAGAAGAUUCUGAAAGGUGCACGUAUUGCUGGUUGCCUCCAUAUGACAGUGCAAACAGCCGUGUUAAUAGAAACCCUUACCGAAUUGGGUGCUGAAGUUCAGUGGUCAAGCUGUAAUAUAUUCAGUACACAAGAUCAUGCUGCUGCAGCUAUUGCUAAAACCGGUGUGCCAGUCUAUGCCUGGAAAGGUGAAACUGAUGAAGAAUAUUUAUGGUGCAUUGAGCAGACUUUGGUCUUUUCUGAUGGUCAGCCUUUGAAUUUGAUCCUUGAUGAUGGUGGGGAUUUGACCAAUUUGGUGCAUGAGAAAUUCCCACAGUACCUGAAGGACAUCAAAGGUUUGAGCGAGGAGACCACAACCGGUGUACAUAAUUUAUAUAAAAUGAUGAAGGAGGGUCGCCUUGGUGUACCAGCUAUCAAUGUUAAUGACUCGGUGACCAAGAGCAAAUUCGAUAAUCUUUAUGGUUGUCGUGAGUCCUUAAUUGAUGGCAUUAAGCGUGCCACUGAUGUCAUGAUUGCUGGAAAAGUGUGUUGUGUUGCCGGCUAUGGUGAUGUUGGCAAAGGUUGUGCGCAAGCACUACGUGGUUUCGGUGGACGCGUCAUCAUUACCGAAAUCGAUCCCAUUAUUGCAUUACAAGCUGCUAUGGAAGGAUAUGAAGUGACUACCAUGGAAGAAGCCUGCAAAGAAGCCACCAUCUUUGUAACAACAACGGGCUGCAAAGACAUCAUCACCGGCGUUCAUUUCGAACACAUGCCGGAUGAUGCGAUCGUUUGCAAUAUUGGUCAUUUCGAUUGUGAAAUUGAUGUUGCCUGGUUGAAUGCUAACGCGAAAGAAAAAAUUAAUAUUAAGCCACAAGUUGACCGUUACACUCUAUCCAAUGGUAAACACAUAAUCUUGUUGGCCGAAGGUCGUUUAGUAAACUUAGGUUGUGCGCAUGGUCAUCCCAGCUUUGUCAUGUCCAAUUCAUUCAGUAAUCAAGUACUGGCCCAAAUUGAAUUGUGGACCAAAGCUGAUAAGUACAAUGUUGAUGUUCACAUGCUGCCGAAAAUACUCGACGAAGAAGUAGCCAGCCUGCAUUUGGAAAAAUUGGGAGUGAAAUUGACGAAAUUAAGUGAUGAUCAAUCCAAAUACUUGGGUGUAUCAAAAACUGGUCCAUUCAAGCCGGAUCAUUACAGAUACUAAAGCGGAAGAAUUUAGUUUCUAGAUAGCAGCAUCAUUGGAGAUUGUACAUUUGUCUAUUACAUCUAAUUAAUUGGCUUUCAUUUUUUUAGUUUGCAUUUUUGAAAUGAUAACGUUCUAAAGCUAUAAAGUGUAUUACAGAGAUAAUGUCGACAGGCACGUACUUGAUAAGAAUGUUUCAAAAUAAAAAAUUUACUAUAACAUAA